AUGCAGUUUGAUGAUUUGCGUAAUAUAUACGAAAGACACGAGCAAACCAAAAAGGACCGAAUCAUAGUUUCAUUAUAGGAUAAAUACCUAAAUGCAAAUGGAUAUCUGUAGUUUCACGCUAUAAUUAACAUCAAUGUAAUCCAAGACAUGCAUUUAUCCUAUCUGGUACUCAUCAGAUGGAUAUAUUCAAACAACCAAUAUACAUAUAAAAAGUAACAAUUGUUGAUAAUCGAUGUACAUACUUUAUGUCAUAUCAGUGAUGAUUAGUAGAAUAGCAACGACAAGUAUGAAAGUAUUAAAAAGCGAUAAAGUGGAUGAAUGUUUACGUUAUUAUAUGUGAAAAUUUUAGAAGAAUAUUUUUAAAACACAUGGAGACACGUUUGUAUAAGAAAAGUAUUGAUGUUAAUUUGUUAAUCAGCCCACAAUCAAAUAUAUGGCUACGCUGAUAUAUUUUAUAACGGAUGAUUAACAUACACUAAUGAAGUAACACUAUUUAACUAUUGAGUCAUAUAGAACCUUAUAUGAUGGUAUGUUCAAAAGUAAACUUCUUAUGAGGCAUUAUUUGCUAUACUUAAAUUUUUCAUUCAUUAUCCUAUAUUUUAGUUUCAUAUGAGACGUAAAAAGCAGAAUAGUGAGGCAGAAACUGAGAUGACUGGAGUUCCAUCGAAUUAUAUGGAUAUACUUAAACCAACAUUAACAGAGAAAAGACUGCAAUUUAAUUUAAAUAUACCAUGGUCAAUUACUCCGAAAGGUUAUGCAAAGCUGAAUGAGAAAUUAACAUCACCAUGCAUCCCUCAUUCUGAUGGAAAAGCUGAUUCCAUGGCUAAUCGUGUGUACAGACAGAUAUUUCUCGAUUGUGCAAACAGUUCAAAUGGUUUUACUUCUUGUUCGAAAAGUGAAACAACUUACGCAAGUCCUACUGAGAUGAGAAACACAAAAAUUAGUCAGUAUGAAAUUAUUUCAGCCAAAAUGGCAGAAGCAAAACGACUUUAUGAAGAUCUUGAUUUUCCCGCAAAUAAUAGUUCAGUUGGAGACUUGCAACAACUCUUGGGCAAAAUAGAAUGGAAAAGACCUAAAGAUAUUAAUCCUUAUGCAGCUUUUUAUACAAAAUGUUAUUCUCGCUUUGAUGUUGAUCAAGGUGCUCUUGGUGACUGUUGGUUCAGUGCGGUUAUGGCUACAAUUACGAAAUAUCCUGCAUUGAUGAAUAACAUCAUACCACCAAAUCAAACUUUCAGAGGUACACUUUAUACAGGAGCAUUUGUGUUCAAUUUUUGGCGUUUUGGAGAAUGGGUGGAAGUUGUAAUCGAUGAUCGUCUACCAGUUCUUAAGGGAACAUGUAACUUAGUAUUCAUGCAUUCAACAGAUACAAAUGAGUUUUGGUCAUGCCUACUGGAAAAAGCAUAUGCCAAAUUAUGCGGUAGUUAUGCACAUCUAACUGGUGGAUUUCAAAGUGAAGCGAUGGAGGAUUUUACUGGCGGAAUAUGUACUACUGUUAUUUUGAAUCAAAAAGAACGUCCACCAAACCUAUUUAAAAUGAUGGAACACUACACAAAAACAUGUUGUAUUUUGGGUGCUGAUGUUGGUGGAGAUAAAAAUAAAAGACGAGAAAAAAUGGGACUGAUAGGUUCUCAUGCUUAUAGUGUAACUGGAGUUGCGAAAGUUAAUCAUCUCGGUAAAGAAGUGAAUUUAGUACGUUGUCGUAAUCCUUGGGGAGAAAAACAUGAAUGGAAAGGAUCUUGGUCAGAUAAUUCACCUGAAUGGAAAAAUGUUAAAUCUAAAGAUAAAAAAGUUUUACAGUAUAAAGCAAAAGAAGAUGGAGAAUUCUGGAUGUCGUUCGAGGAUUUUGAAAAGAAUUUCGCUCUACUUGAAAUAUGUCAUCUUGGAUACACAAGUUUAGACCAUAGAGAUGAAAUCGACAAAAAGAAAAGAUGUGAGGAAAUAUGUUUUACUGGUGAAUGGGUUGCAAAUGUAAAUGCUGGAGGAUCAUUUAACUAUCCAGAAUCAUUCUGUACAAAUCCACAGUAUUUAUUUACAAUUGGAGCUGACCACAAUGCUAAAGUUACUAAAACACAUAUCAUCGUAGGAGUUAUGCAAGAAUACAGAAGACUUUUUUAUGGCGGAGAUUAUUUGGCUAUAGGUUUUUCAAUAUAUGAAGUAUCUGAACUGCAAACUACAUGUCUUACAGCAGAAGAAUUAUUAUGCCGAAAACCAUUGUUAACAUCAGACUACAUUCCAAGACGUGAAGUAACAUUAGAAGCUGACCUUUUUCCUGGAACAUUUGUUAUAAUACCAUCAACAUAUAAUCCAAAUCAAGAAACACGAUUUAUUUGUCGGGUAUUCUCUACUGUAAAAAUGAAACAAUUAGAACUGGAUGAAGAGAAUCUAUACGAAGGCUUUCCAAAGUCAACACUGGAAGUUCUUCAAAAUAUCAUGUUAAAGGAACUUACUUCAUUGGAAUUAAAUUUUAAGCAGUUAUGUAAUCCAAUCACCGAAACAAUCAAUUCUAGAAUAUUAGGUACUAUUUUGGAUCAAUAUAAUUUUCGAGAUUAUAUGAUUGGUUUUACGGAAUUUCCUAGUGACUUGUGUAGUAGUUUAAUAUCUUCAGCAUCUACAAACUUGACAGGUCAAAUUGACUUAGAAGAGUUCCUAUAUCUCAUGACUGAUCUUAUGGGAUGGAUGUACGCUUUUAACGAACAUGAUGAUCGGAGGGGAUGUGUGAGUUCAUUCAAAUUUCGUGAUUUAUUGAAAAGUGCAGGUUAUAGCGUCAGUAAUAGAGUUCUCCAUACUUUGACACAUCGAUAUCUAGAUCACAAACAAGACCAUAUUAACUUUGAAAGCUACCUACAUUGUAUGGCACACCUUAAACUUGCCUUUGAUGUCAUAUCGUUCCACCCGAAAAACGAUAAGGGUAUUCUAAAGUUUAGUCGCGAAGAUUACCUACGUUUAUCUCUUUCUACAUAAACUGUCAUGUAUUAUUGGGAAUUCAAUGAAUGCAUUAUUCAUAAUAACUUGGACAUAAAUAUUCAUCCGAUUACCUAAAUAAUUUAAUCACUAUGUAAAUCAACCAUGUUGAUUAGUUUCACUAGUGUUUACUUUUUUCUAGAAUUUUGUGAAUAGUUAAUAAAAUGUUUCUUUUUUUCACUGUUUUAACAAUGACUAUUAACUCUGUUAUACAAAUUUUAAAAAAAGGAAUGGAAUGAUACAAGUAUGUUUAUUUGUUUGUUCUUUUGUUUUUGUUCGAUUUGUAUUGAUUUCAUAUGAGAUAUGAUAUUUACACAACAACUAUUUGCACCAUGUAAAAUUAUAUCUGACUGUUUGUCAAUAUUAUAAGUGUAAACAAUACAGUAAUCUUCUAGAAUAUCAGCUCGACAAAUGGACCAUAUAAAUUCAGUUCUCAUCGAUUACUUCUGAAGAUAUAUAUAAUUUUAUGAAAAAAAAGGUGAUUAGUGAAGAGAAUUAAA